AUGGACGGCAUAUACCUCGACUACAACGCUACUACUCCCAUUGAUCCCGCGGUCGCCGAAGCGAUGCUGCCCUACGUGCACGGGCUGUUCGGCAACCCGUCCAGCGGCCACUCCUUCGGCCUCGCCGCUCGCCAGGGUGUCGACCGCGCGCGGCAGCAGGUGGCUGGCCUCUUGGGCUGCGCCGAAGACGACCUGAUCUUCACCAGCGGCGGCACCGAGGCCAACAACCACGCUAUCAAAGGAGUUGCGGAAGCCUGCCGUCACCGUGGCAACCACAUCAUCACCUCGGCGGUCGAACAUCCGGCCGUGACCGAGGUGUGCCGUUACCUGGAGACGCACGGCGUCCGCACUACCUACCUGCCCGUCGACGAGCAUGGCAUGGUGGAUCCAGGGCAGGUUGAGGAGGCCAUCACCCCCCAGACCGUCCUCGUCACCAUCAUGCACGCCAACAACGAGGUCGGUACAAUCCAGCCCAUCGCGGAGAUCGCCGGUAUCGCCCACCGCCACGGCGUGCUGGUGCAUAGCGACUGCGCCCAAUCCAUCGGCAAGAUCCCGGUGAAGGCGGACGACCUCGGCGUCGAUCUUCUCUCCGUGGCCGGCCACAAGCUCUACGCUCCCAAGGGCAUCGGCGCGCUGUACAUCCGCCCCGGCGUCCAGUUGGAAAAGCUGAUGCACGGCGCCAACCACGAGGGCAACCGCCGGGCCGGCACCGAAAACAUCAUCCUGAUGGCCGGGCUGGGGCAGGCCAGCGAGCUGAUCGAGCGGAACCUAGGAGAGUACGCGACCCACAUGGGCGCGAUGCGCGACCGCCUGGAGCAGGGCCUUCUGGCAUCAGGCCACGACGCCCGCAUCAACGGCCACCCGACCCAGAGGCUGCCCAACACGUCGAGCAUCGGCUUUCGCAGGAUGGAAGCCGACCGCGUCCUGGCCAACCUGCCCACCGUGGCCGCGUCCGCCGGAGCCGCCUGUCACAGCGACCAGGUGGAGCUGUCCCACGUCCUCGAGGCGAUGCGCGUUCCCACCGAGUACGCCAUGGGCACCCUGCGCCUGACCGUGGGCCGUUUCACCACCGAAGACGAAAUCGACCGGGCGCUCGCCGAAAUCACAGAAGUGGUCGGCAGCCUUGCGCCGGUCCACGCCGCCGCCAACUGA